CCACUGGGCAUUUUGUUUUUCUUUCUGCUGCUGGCUGAGUGUGCCAGUCUAAAAAAUUAGCUUUUCAAUAUCGUCGUCGUUGACAAAAGUGAACGAUUUUCUACGAGUGGCUUAUAAUAUUUGAAGUUACGAUGACUUCCCCGGCUUCCCAAACCGGCGGUGCAACGCCCAUGACCAUCACGGGCCGAAUGGUCCGUGAACGGGAGCGUUUGCUCAAUAUGACCCCGGAGGAGCGUAUGUGGCGUGCUCAGUGGCUGAAGGAUCAACAAUUGUCCCCUAACGAACCUCGUUUCGUUCCGGAAUAUUGGAGAGAGCGUAUAAAUCCAAUUCGACGAUUUUAUCGUGCACCUCUUGAUCUAGUGCAGAAAGGCUUGACUCCGGUUAUAGGCCAUAAUUGGGCUUUUGCGAUUCGUUUCUGGACCGGUAAAAUUGCAUUGGCAGCAUGUUCUAUUUACGCAGGAUAUUACUAUUUCAAAUACAAUCAAAACGACUGGACUCGAAAAGGUGGUUGGCGUGUGAUUAGCUCCCGAAACGCAGUAUUUCCGGGCGAUGAGGGUUUCCCCAAUUAUCCACAACGUUCCAGUCAUAGCGAUUAUGCUGCUCGUGGCUUCAAAGAAUCACCGAUAUAAAUAAAGAGUUUUCUUUUAGUACAUUUGUGGGAAAUAAAUAAUUGCACAUAUUUA